UGGGCCCAGGUGGGGGAGGAGGGGUCCCGCCACCAUCAGGGUCUCCUCUAACCCAUCAGGGUUAGACCUGCCUUCAGAGGGGCCAGGAGACUUGGGAACCCAAGAGCUGCCGUUUCCAGAGCCCUGGAAGCGGCGGCCCCGACGCCUUCCCUGCAAGGACAUGAGCGAAGCCGCAGAAGAGCCCUCCUCUUUCAGGAUCCUCACGGUGUACGAGGAAGCAGAGGAACAGAGGGACGUGCCAGAAAGCUCUGGUGCUUCCUCUCAGCCUGAGCACCAAGCACAGGCCCCACUGGGACAGUCAGGUGGUGCGCCCCCGCAGUCCCCCGCGCCCCCAGCCCGGCAGGACUUGAUUGAAGAUGCCGGGACCCCACCGCCCUGGGCCCGCCAGGCCCUGGACACCCCGGAGCCCCAGGCCACUUGGCUCCCUGAGGCAGAGGCCAGAGAAGCAGCAGAAUUCAGCCCCAGCUUCCUGCCAGGGUCGGAGUCUGGCCAGCCCUGCCCUUUGCCUCCUCCCAGUGAAGACGUCAGGUCACUGCUCACAGCCAUUCCUCCUAUCCCCGAGGAAGUGGCAGUCAGGCAGAGGCCCCCACGGACGUGCUGGAAGGUGGGCACCCUCCGCCACAGAAAGAAAGUCUACGACGUGGCCAUCAGCAGCUCUACCCACCACGUGUACACAUGUGGCCACGGCUACAUCAAGGUGUGGGACGAGAGCGCCCUGCAUGCCUGGGACAAGGCCCCGCAGGCUCAGGUGGACUUUCAGGACCGUCAGAGCUGUGUCAUCACCUGCAAGCUGUUCCCCGACGAGCAGAGCCUGAUCACUGGGGGGCUGUCCCGGCACUUGACUCUGUGGGACCUGGCGCCCACACCCCGCAUCAGGGCACAGCUGGCCUCCUCUGGCUACAUAUGCUACUCCCUGGCCAUCUCCUCCAAUGCCCAGAUCUGCUUGGCUUGUUUCAAAGGAUUUGUUGAGAUUUGGGAUUUGCAGAACCAAAUCUUGAUCAGGAAGCAGGAGGUCCCCAGACAUGGGUCGCAGUGUGUGGACAUCGUGGGCAAUAAGUUCUGGACAGGAGGGGAAGACACCAGCCUGUAUUCCUGGGACCUGAGGAGCUACCAGAGGCUGCAGCAGGAGCAUUUACGCCACGAGAUUGUCAGCAUCACCCACGACCCCAGUGAGGAGUGGAUAUUAGUGGGCUUGAGAAACAGUGAUAUUGUAAUCAAGCACCCGCACCGGAAGGAGAAGUUUAAGGCCGCCAUAGGGAACAGAUACGUCUUCUACCACAACCUCAAGUUUGCCUCCUGUGGGAGCUAUUUCGUGAGCACACUGGACGAGUCCAUUCACUGCUUAGCUGCGCCUUCUCUGCAGAGGUUGUUUAAGGCAGAGGAGUCUCUAAACAUCCUGUGUUGCGACAUGUCCUCUGACAGCCAGUAUCUGGUCACUGGCUCCAAGAACAGCGCCACGGUCUAUCAGCUCUUGUACUGAAGGUUGUGUGUGCUGGUCCUGCGGUGGGGGAGGCCCCCAAGGAGACAGCGCGAGAGCACGCGCGGUGCCGGACAACCUCAACCUACCUCCUCCUGAUCCUGAUGACUGCCUGUUCCCACCCCCUGCCCCCUUCCCCCAAGCUUUGAUUAGAUGGCUUAGGGAUUCGCCCUUUGUAAUUUUUUUCCCACCGGUUUCUGAGUUCAGAUGGGAGCUGUUGAAUAAAGUAGAAAUGCAAAACCCUGCAAAGG